AUGUCCCUCCGUGAAAGAUACAGGAUUUCUAAUGUAAUACUAUGGGAGUCAAGCUAUGAGCUGACUGCUUCUUCCAACUCAGGAUUAGAAAAGGUCUCUCAUGAAAGUCAUCCCAAUGACAUAUACCCCUUGGUCCUGACAACAGCCACACAAGAGCUGUUUGGUUGCCGUGCUGAUGAGGAUGUCACGAAGGAUAACCCUUACAAGCUUCUGAAAAGAGAGGAAAUCAUACAGGAUAUUAAGACGAAAGCUGCCAUGUCUGAUUUCAGCUGUGUUAAGCAGAUUAUGAUGGACUAUCCAGAGGAGGAAAUCUUGCUGGUCUUUGACAUAGACUUCACAUAUGGAAAUUGCUUCUAUUUGGUUCUGACACCUGAAGGCAAGAGCAAACUACUUGAACUGCGGUACAAAUUUUCAAGAGUGCGGAGAAAGUUUGGGAUGCCAGUCUAUUUUUCUGACCACAAUGCAGCAGAUUCUAAGGAUAGUUUCCUGGAGUGUGCUUCCUACCAAGACAGCAAAUUCAGCAUCAAGCAGAUACAGAGGGACUGCAUGAUACAGGCAGUUCCCAUGCUGCACAGCAGCAGUUCUCAGACAGAGUGGAAAACCCAGAGGAAUAUCUCCACCCAGUACAAGCCAAGAGAGUUAAGCACAGAUGAAAUGGAAAGUAUCCUUAAUUCUGAGAGUCUGAAGAAUUUUAUCAUCAAAAUGACCCCAAGGAUCUUGCAUGCCCUUCAACAGGAAGAGAUUGUGAAUUUGUUCACUGAUGACUGGAAAGCCUUGGGGACAGAGGCUGAAGCUGGUGACUGGUCUGGGCAGGUGUCGAAAGGUUUGGUGCUUCAUCAGGCUUUCACAGACCAGAAGUAUACUAAAGACAAGAAAAUCAGCAGCAUUAACUGGCAUCCCACCAUCCAGGGUGUUAUAGCUGUGGCUUUGAUGGAGAAGAAAGAUGAGCAGUCGAAGGAGUGUGCCGUGCCCAUUUCAAGACCUGCUUUCAUUGUGUUCUACUGCUUCUCUGACCCCUCUAAUCCCCAGUUGCUCCUGGAGUGCCCAGAUGAUAUUGUAGCUUUUGAGUUCUGCCCCUCAAAUCCAAAUAUUAUUGCCGGUGGUUGCAUCAAUGGCCAGGACCUUGAUGACAGUAAAGAGAAUAAGACUCCUGUUGUGCGCUUCUGUGCGGUGUCUUCCUUAGAGAACAGUCACAAAGCCCCAAUCACUGAUAUCCAGUGGCUGCCACCAACAUUUGAGGUGACCAGGACAGGCUUGCCAGUGGAGAACGUGUAUAACAUAUGUGUGCAGAUUGUCUCCUGUUCCCCUGACUGCUCAAUACUCUUCUGGGAUGUGAGGAUGCCGAAACUGAUGACCCAUUCACUGUUAGACAAGAAACAGAAUGUGGACGAGAAGAUCCCAAUUGCAACAAGCAGUGUCCCUGAAACCUUCAAACACCUGGACAGGACAUGGAAACCACUAUUUGGGGUUUCCUUGCCAAAGGUUGAUACCAGUGGAGAAUAUGUUCCUUUGAAGUUCAGCCUCGAGCAUUACACCUGUAAUGGAAAUUCAGGCACAGACACAGAAAAAGAUGCAGAAAAUGAGCGCACAGAGAUCGUCCCAGAGUAUUGUCAGCUAAGAGUACCAUCAGGCAAAACACUUAAGAUCCUGAACGAUGUCAAUUCCAGGUUCUUUGUUGGAACAGAGCCACUUUUCUGUUACAAUGCUCAUCAGUGGUUGGUGAACACAAUACAAAGAUCACCCUUCUUUAAAGACAUUAUUUUGACUAUAGGAAGCUGGAACUUUGCUAUUUGGAAGGAGGGAGCCAUGGGUGGCCCUCUGGUUGUUUCACAAUACUUUGAGCAGGAGUGCACCACAGGAUGCUGGUCCUUGUCCCGACCAGCAGUUUUCUUCAUUGGGAAAGAAGAUGGCAGUCUUGAGAUGUGGAACCUGCUAGAAAACACCAGUGAACCUGCACAUGUUCAUGACCACAUUACCAAUGCCAAGAUAACCAGCAUCAAACCCUGGAAAGCCUCCCCCAAGCAGCAUUUUCUGGCCAUAACGGACGACCUUGGUGCUCUCCGUGUUUUGGAAAUACCAAAGACUCUCUACAUUCCUUCCAAGCAUGAGAAUUUAAGUAUGAAGAAAUACUUUGAACUGGAGGAAGACAGUUUAGAGGAUUAUUUGAAGAGGGAAGAACUCUGGACGAAACAGAAAAAGGAGGAAGAAGAUCACAAGAAGAACAAGGAAAGCGAGAAACAGACCAAGUCCCUGGACGAUGAGGAGCUGGACAAGCAAGAGUACAGUGAUUACCUGAUGUAUGAGGAAAACAUCUUGAAGGAAAUGGGUUUGUGGCCAGAAGAUUUAAAUUCUCUGGAUGCCUGAGAACACACACAAAUAUAACACACACAAAUGCAAAUAGUGCUUCACGCAAAUACUUUUUUCUUUAUUUUUCUUUGUUAAAUACGUUUGUAGAAAUGUUAUUGAUGCAACUUUUAAAAAAAUGUUA